AUGUCGGAAAAUUAUUCUCAAACAGAAGAUAUUACACUUCAUGACACAUCAAAACCAAUAUGGGAGAGCAGGGCUACGUCUCCAAUAAUCGAGCGUAUACCAACAUCCAAGUUCAAGUUAAAAUUGAAAUAUGGGGGUUAUUUCCGUCUAACAAAGAACGGUUGUAGGCAAAUAUAUUGUUUUGGCUCUCAAAAGUGUAUCUACAUAGACACAUUUUUAUACAAGUUAACUCAACUACAUGAAGAAGUGAUAAAGCGUUAUGCAUCAAAGAACAACCCAGAAUUUUCUAUUCUUUAUGUUGACAAGUAUGCACCAGACAAAAGCUUUAUUGAGCUUGAUUCUGAUGAAAAGUUCAUGGAUAUGCUUAGCAUGUAUGGAAACGAGAAACAAGUAACAAUUUAUGUGACAACAAAGAAUAACCUCGGCUCCAAUAACCAUACUAACCAUUUGUGUGCCAAUAGAGAUGAACCACACGAUGAGUAUGAGGCAGACCUUUGUCCUAGUGAAGAAAGCUAUCAUAGUCAUCUCAGCUCUGAUAAUGAAGACAAUCUGAUGAUUUGA